AGUAGUGUGAAUGUUUGUUAACUAUUUAAUUUUUUUCACUUCUGAUAAUGUUCCUGAAUAAAAUCUAUUCAAUCAUACCGUUAAGAUAAUGUUCUGUUUAAUAAGUCCUCAAGAACAUGAUGAAAUAACGAUACCAAACACCUCGAGUGUAUGUAACCCAAAGUAUACAAUUACUGUCUAGUAAACUUACUAUCAUUAAAAUAAAGGUCGUACAUAGUAAAGUCUGCAGCAAGCAAUUAAAACCAACUGUGAGCGCACGAACUAAUCUUUAAAUAGUCAUAAUAUAUGAAUGUAUCGUAUCUUUGCAUGGCGACGUAUUGUUGAAUAUACUUGUAAAGAUGUGUUUUGAAAGUAGAUACUCGUAUGUGAAAAGUGAACACCCUGCUGAAUGUAGCCGACGAAACGAGGAUUUUCAUUCUAAAUCCUGUUAGUUACAAUAGUUAAGGCAAAGUUGCACUUACGGUCAAACGACAAAAUGUACGGCCGAAGUAAUCGAUUAUGCGCUAAGCUAUCCAGUGCAUUCCUAAGGAAGUGGUGGUUUGUGAUAGCAUUCGCUUUAAGCUUGCUCGUACUCGGAGUUCUAGUCACAUUUGGAUUUACAACACUAAUUAAAGCAAUAAUUAAUCACCAAGUAGCACUAAGAAAAGGAGGACAGUCGUUUGGAUGGUGGUCAAAACCUCCAGUGGAACCAAUCAUUCGAGUAUUCGUCUAUAACGUCACCAACGCUGACGAAUUCCUAAACAAUGGAACAAAACCUGUUCUGGACGAGUUGGGUCCUUAUGUUUAUGUAGAAACAUGGGAAAAAGUCAACAUUGUGGAAAAUCCAAACGGAACCAUAAGUUACAAUCAAAAGAGGGUAUACAUUUUUGACGAAGAGCAAUCAGGUGGCCUUGAAGAUGAUGUGGUGAUCGUUCCAAAUAUACCUAUGCUUAGUGCUACAUCACAAAGUAAACAUGCGGCGAGAUUUCUUCGACUUGCAAUGGCCAGUAUCAUGGAUAUUUUAAAAAUCAAACCAUUUGUUGAAGUUUCUGUUGGGCAGCUUCUAUGGGGAUACGAAGAUCCGUUAUUGAAGCUGGCAAAGGAUGUUGUACCUAAAGAACAAAAAUUACCUUACGAAGAGUUUGGCCUCAUGUAUGGAAAGAAUAGUACAUCAAAGGACACGGUAACUAUUUGGUCAGGAGUGGACGAUAUUACUAAGUAUGGUAUAAUUGAUAAGUACAAUGGAAAAUCUCACCAAACUCACUGGGUUACCGAAGAAUGCAAUCGUCUAAAUGGCACUGAUGGCUCUAUCUUUCCGCCACACAUUACCAAAAACAGCACUCUUUUCGUUUAUGAAAAAGACCUCUGUCGAUUACUACCGCUGUCCUUCGAAAAAGAGGUUAUCGUUAAAAAUGGAGUUCAAGGAUAUCGAUUUACCCCAUCGCCGAAGGUAUUUGCUUCCAUUGAUAUUAACAAAGAUAACAUGUGUUUCUGCCCGGCGGGACCACCAUGUGCGCCAAACGGAUUAUUCAAUGUUUCGUUAUGUCAAUAUGAUUCUCCAAUACUACUCAGUUUUCCUCAUUUUUAUUUGGCGGAUCAGAGCUUACGAACCGCCGUUGAAGGGAUUUCCCCACCAGAAAAAGAAAAGCAUCAGCUAUUCAUUGAUGUUCAGCCGGAAAUGGGUACCGCUCUCCGUGCACGAGCUCGAAUCCAAAUUAACCUGGCUGUGAGUCAGGUUGUCGACAUAAAACAGGUGGCAAACUUUCCAGAUAUCGUCUUUCCAAUUCUGUGGUUUGAAGAAGGCAUCGACUCACUUCCUGAUCAAAUUUUAGAACUGAUGAAAGUCGCCACGACUGUCCCACCAAAAGCGAAGUUCUUACUAACGAUCGUGUUGUUUGCUCUGGGAGGCUUUCUUUUCGUUAUUGCUGUAAUAUGUCUCGUCCGAAAAUCUCAUCGACAAAGUACUCUUCAUCUUGAAGGCUCCAACUACCUGGCAACCGCAUCUGUUGAUCAAGCUAAGAAAAAGGCUAAACUGGAAAAUGGGAAUCACACAAAUUAAGCUGUAUUUUUAUUAUUCUUGUGAUUGGGGUAUGAUUCAUAGGUGUCCAUUUAGACAGUACUCUAAAAUAUUUAUUUUAAAUAACAAGACUUGGUCCACGGGAAGGAAUUGCUUGAUAAGUUUGCUCAAUGUAGACAAUUUAGGGAAUAUCGUCGGUAUACAGCGGCUAAUUUCUAAAUAAUGCUUCAACACAUGUAUGUACAAAAACUUGCAAAAUAUUGAUAGUUUGAAAAUGUUUGCCAUAAAUUUGUGGCGAAGUGCGUGCGUGAUUAAUCAAAUGUUUGAACACCAUACUUUCAGUGUUACAAUUAAGAAAACGGCUUAUCUACAUCUGAAGUAAUGACUAAGGUGCCACAUCUAAAAGUAAUGUUUGAACCAGCCUUUAGAUUCUAAGAGAAGGUUUUGCGAAAGCUACUUUGCAUCAUUCAAUACAUAUCUCUCUGUGAAAUAGGGUCUACUACUUUAAUAUUAUUAGACUAAAUUUAAAUAUUCUCUAGAAUCUCUGUAUGUAAUACAAACUCUCACUAGAAAAAUAAAGUUUGCUUUGUUUAUUGAAAUGUCAUGAUCGUCGAGCCAUACGUUCUUUUCCUAUGUCAAUAGUACUCAAACAAGGAUUCACCGUAAUCGUCAGAGGGUUUCUUUUGUGAGAAAUAUGGUAGUAAUUUAACGGAGUUUGUAAUAAAAACGUACAAAACCUUA